CAGCUACGUGAGCUGAUUCUCAACCCUCCCCUUUGCUAUCCCCCCCUUUCGCCCGACCCGAUAUUCGUGCGCGCCAGGCCCGCUGGUCGCAGCUGUGCCGGCACCCGUGCCCGGGCCCGCCUCACGCGGGCGGGCGACCUCUGCCGCAAAAUCUGCGGCCCGAGGCAGCCAGGGUUGGCCCGGGGAGCGUGGGCAGGCGGAGGCCCCCCUUGGUGCGGUCGCGGGGCGCUCGGCCGCGGGGGAGGAAAAAAACCACACAAACCACACAGGGGGAAGGUGCUGGAGAGGUGCGCGCGUUUAUUUUCGCCCCCUGCCCAUCACUGCUCCCCUGCUCAUCUCGGGGUCGGGAGGGCACUUGCCAGCCAUGGCCGGCUGUCCCGUCGAGCAGCUCUCCAAGGAGCAGCAGGACGAGCUGGCCUGCACGUACGCCGCCCUGGUGCUGCACGACGACGGCGCCCAGGUCGACGCGGCGAGCAUGGCAAGCCUGGUCAAGGCGGCGGGCAUCCAGGUGGAGGGCUACGUGCCCAUGCUCAUGGCGAAGAUGAUCAGCACCUACGGCAUGGACGCGCUCGUCAAGAUGGGCGGCGGCGGCGGCGGCGGGGGCGGCGGCGGCGGCGGCGGUGCUGCCGCCACUGGCGGCGGCGGCGGGGACGGCGGAGCCGGCGGAGCUGCCCAGGAGGCAAAGAAGGAGGAGGUCGAGGAGGAGGAGGAGGACGUGGACUUCGACCUCUUCGGCUGAGGGCAUCCCGCGGGGAUGUGCGUGGGCCGAGCGCCGGCAGUGGCACA